AAAUACUCUUCAAAGCUGUCAAAACGCUAAUCGCUUUGCGGUGGGAGUUAAUUUUUACACUUUUAGGUUUUCUUCGCAAUUUUCAAUAUCGCUUUAUUUCUAAAACUACGGAUAUGAUAGCUCUGCGUCUCCUGUAGCUUUCUCCAUACCAGAAUUCUCUUUUUCAUUCAUUUAUCACCAUGGACGGUCCUUCUGCUAAGAAAUCUAACUCACUUGAAACGCUGGUUAUUCAAAAUAUAACAAAUGUUAACGAUUUGAAGGCAAAAUUGAACGAUAUAAUCAAGAUAGGAAAAAACUACGAAUACGAUGUUUCGAAUUGCCUUACGGCAUUAUUAAAGAACAACGAUCAAGAAAUCGUGACACUGGCUGUACAAGCGGUCUCCGAGCUAGCGAAAUGUGAGGAUAAGAGGGAAACAUUUGCUAAAAAAGAUGUGAUAGAACCUAUAACGGACAUGAUUGGUAAAGAUGUAACCUCAGACCGAUUGGAACUUGUUAAACAGUGUUGCAGGGCCCUUGGCAACUUAUGCUGCGACUGCGACACAUCACGAAAGAUAGUCCUAGACCAUGGUGUCAAUGUAUUAACAAAACUACUUAAAACAACUUUGGACAACUCAAAUUUGAGCGAAGUAAAAAUCUUUACAUGCAAAACAUUAUUAAACUAUGCCAUUGGUGGGCAACAGUUUACUGAGUCUAUAGUGGAGAGUGGUCUGAUAGAGCUGAUGCAACAGAUCUUGGCUGCAGAGCUGGAGAGUGAAGAUAUGGAUGACGACCUGGUGUCAACAGUGCUGCUUAUUCUCAGUGUGGUGAAUGAUAAUACUCCGGAGUUUCUGUUUAGUGAGGAUGUGAACUUGUUGGUGCUAAGAGUGCUGCGGGUGACUGUUAAUAUGGAGAUUUCGGAACUGUGCCUGGACCACUUGCUUUUGCAGGCUGAGCAUGAGUCAGUAAAGGCACUCCUAGCCCGUCAAGAAUGCAUACAACAUGUCUGCUCUCGUCUAGAGGCCUUGCUUCGGCGUCAGGCCUCCAGAGAACUCCGGGCUUCGGACUCCGAGGUUGAGGCGUUGGUCAAACAGGCCUGUGAUCUACUUGUGCUGGUUCUUACUGGAGACGAAGCUAUGCACCUCCUCUACGAGAACGGUCACGGGGCCGUGUACGAAACGACGGUACGGUGGCUGGAAGCCUCCAACCCGCAUUUGUUGAGCGCGGCCGUGCUGGCCAUAGGUAACUUUGCUCGUCAGGACGACUACUGCGCCGCGAUCAUGAAAACUCAUAUAUUUGAUAAGUUACUUGACAUAUUCGAGAUUCACCACAAACUGGGCCUAGAGCUGAAACAAGGCGUCACGCACUCUAUCGACUUGGCCACAGCGAGCAAAGUGCAGCACGCGGCUUUGUCCGCCCUCAGGAACUUAACCGUGUCGGCGGCUAAUAAGAAAGUCGCGGCCAGCAAGGGCAGAGCGGCACCGGUGCUCCUCGGCGCCCUCCCCACCGUGGACGACCACCACGUAGCCUACAAGCUACUCGCUGCGCUCAGGAUGCUGGUCGACGGACAGGACGGCGUAGCCCGACAGCUGGCUGUGGACAGAGCCGCGCUGGCGGGCGUGGCGCGCUGGGGCGCCGCCGAGCACGCCGGGGCGGCCGGGGAGGCGCCGCGUCUGCUCGCCUGGAGCUGCAAGCUGCUGCCCGACAAGAGGCACUGGAGGAACUAUGUCGAGGUCGACGGCUGCAUAUCCUGCCUAGUAAACAUGCUAAUCGCAUCUCACUCUAUCAUGCAGAACGAAGCCAUCCUCGCUCUCACUCUCCUCUCGAUCCACUGCCUCAAGGACAAACCGGACAUCGAAAUCGAAAAUACACUUAUUGCCCACCUCUUAAAGUCCGAAAUCGGUAAGCACGUUUCCGUACUACUUGAGACCAAUUGCGCAAAAAUGCCCAUUCAGGUCGUAGAGAAUUUGCUAGCGUUUUUAGAUGUUACUAGUAAAGUUAAUCAGUUAGCGCUGGAUUUUAAAGACGCUAAAGUUGGUGAGGCGCUGCAGAAGCUGAUGGAUGCGCGGACGGAUUUGAGCGAUGAUUUGAAGAGUUGCGUGUUGAAUGUUGUUGCGGCUAUGGCGGAUAAGUAGAUUGAAAAUGAAACAAAAUGUUUAUUUGUUAACAAUACGGGGUACAGUUGUAAAGGUUGGAGUCUUCUAGUAAGUAUAAAAUACCUGUGACAAAAGACCCCAUGAGAUUAGUUAGUCUUUUGUUGACAAAAACUCGUCAAAUAUUAUCUUAGGCAAAAGAUAGUGUCUACCGAUGUCUGUUGUCAGAACUUUGGUUCUGACAACAAACAUUGGUAACGGGGUUUGCCCCGUUAUCAAUAUUGCAAAUAUUGUAUGGGUUUGGAAAGGAAGAUUUUAAAUAUUAGAUCAUAAACGACCACCGCCUUUAAAAACAUGCAUUUGUAACACUAAUAUUUGACCUUUUCAACUAAAAGGUACCACAUUGUCGUUUUUGAUAAGGUUGAUUUCUAAUUGAAGCUAUAUAGAAACAGCGCCUUACUGACAAGCGACAAUUAGUACCCUUUUGGUUGAAAAUGGCACAUAUGAGCAUUUAUUAUGUAACAACUUGAUAUGGAAAAUAAUUUACCAUGCUCCUGUUUAGGUCGCGACUUACUAUGGAAACAUAUUUUGGGGUAGCGCUCGUUCAAAACUGCACAGUUAUUAUGCAAGUUUUUUAAAGUUUUGUGCGAAAGUAUCAAAUAAGUUACCAUUUCAAACUUAUGUUUAUUUUGUUACUAUUAUUCUUGAUAAUUAGUUAUUGUUGUUAAAUACACUUAGCAAAAAAUCUAGUCAUAAUUAUGAAUUGUUUUAUCUUGAUAUUGAUUAUAUGAAUUUUAU